AUGCUUGAGAAUGCGAGUGAAACGAGUGAAGUGGGCAUGUGCGCCGAAAAGCUGAUAAGGAGCAGCCAACCGGAGACCGAAACCGACGAGAAGACGUGCGACCGGACGAUCCGCCUCAGGCAAAAGGCUGCCGGGAUUCGAUGGUGCCCAAGGUUGCAUUUGAGUCAUGCAGAAGAUGGCUCCCUUCCAACCCUCACCUAUUAUUGGAGCAAACUACCAGCCGAUACUAGCUACAAUUACUACUUUUUCAAUAUUACGAAUCGAGACGAGGUGAUGUACCAAAACGCAAUGCCGGAUCUCGUCGAAAUUGGGCCCUAUUCGUACAAGGAAUGGGAGUUCAAGGAGGGUGUACAAUGGCUGGAGAAUGAUAAUAAGAUACAUUUUCAAAAUAAUAAGUCAUUCGCGUACGAUCAGGCGAAUUCGUGCAGUUAUUGUACGUAUAAGGAUAUGGUGACGUUACCGAAUGCGGCAUAUAUGUCCAUCCUCACCUUACUAAAUCAAAAUAAAGCUCUCCCAAAUAUUGCCGUUCUCACAACAAUUUUCGACCUUCUAGCACUAUUGCUUGGCGAACAACCAAUGCGAACGGUACCGGUAGCCGGAAUCCUCUACGACUCCUACAACGACCCCCUAAUCGACCUGACCACUUCAAAUCUCACCAAAAUGCUUGCCCCCGAUGGAAAGCUGCUUGGAGUUCAACUACCCGACAUCGAGGCCAUGGGAUAUUUCCCUUAUUAUAACCACACAAACGAUGAGACCUACAAAAUUCACAGUGGAAAAGCGGAUGUCUAUAAAACAGGGCAAAUUGUUGAAUGGGCUGGAAAUACAAGCUUGGCUUGGUGGGGCGAUGAAUAUUCAGCUUCACUGGAAGGGUCCAGCGACGGCUCCUUCAAUAAGGCUAACCUGAAGAAAACGGAUAAGAUCAAAAUGUAUCAGUCAUAUGCAUGCCGUACUUUCCGCAUGACGUACACCGACCAGGAUACAGUGAGGGGAAUCAAAUCCUACAUCUAUAAAUUGGAAUCAUUUGAUUAUGAUACUACGAUCGAAUUAAAUCGUGGUUAUCGAUAUGAGAAUACUGAAUUGGUGGACUAUUUCCCAACAUGGCCUUGUGGAGCAAAUCACCAAUACAAUGGCAGCUGCCAAAACACCGUUGAUUGUACGCUAAGUGCAAACUGGUGCUCAAGUUGUUGCAAUGGUACUCAUUACAAAGAUCAAACCGUUUUUAUGCCUCCGGGUGUGGUCCCUCUGCGGUGUUUGCCAGGUCAAAAGAAACGAUUGCCAUUUGCCGGUUUCCUAUCACCACCACACUUCUUGCAAUCACCAUUAGAGGUAACAAGUUCAAUGAGAGGUGUAGCUCCUGACCCAGAACUCCAUGAACCUGCAAAAUUCUAUAUUAACCCGCUAACUGGUUCCACUGUAAAAGCUGCCUUCCGGAUGCAACUCGUCGUACCAAUCUACAAUAGACACAAUUUCCUCCUAUCUAAACGAAUUCGAAAUGCCUUCCUGCCUUCAUUUUGGGUUGAUAUCAAAGUCGAUCUGAAGAAAUAUGCCAUCAACUACAUCAAAACCGUAACCGUCAUCAUCCCAGACAUUGCAUUGGGGAUCGGCAUCGGGUUGCUGGUGAUUGGACUGAGCUGUAUCCUCACCACAUUUUUAUGCGCGAUGCGCCGGACCAGACGGGAUGCUGUACAAAAGUUUGAAGUGGAGCCGGUGCCGGCGAUAAGCGCCACACAGCCGAAGGAUGAUGUCUGGACC